AUGGCUGAAGGCAACUACGAACUCAAGCAAUUAUCGAUGGAUGGUCCUGACAAAAAUUAUGAGUAUGCUGAGUUCGAAGGAGAUCGUAAGCUGAGAGUGGUUGAUUACGUUCUGGUCUAUGAAAUGAAGGAUAGUGAAGACUCGAACGAACAGCAUAAUGAAACUGGAACAAAGGAGUGGAGAAGAGAAGCCUAUGAAAAGAAUUUAGAGGAAACAGGUCUGGAACUGGAACGCCGUAAGGGAAUUUUUUGUAGCAACGCAUGCUUCACGUUGGUGCAUGCUCCAUUCGACCUGUUAAUGAGACAAGCCGAGGCGAUGGGCAUUAAAAUGCCUUUUCAAGAGGACAAUAUCCAGAAAAAUGAAAGGAUGGUAAAAAUGGGCUGCAUAGAUAGAUACUACGAUCGUUUGAAGUUUCUCAAAUUUGACGAAGGAAUAUCUAAGCAACUCGAAGGGCGACACUUUUUUACGAGACCAUUCAUCAAGGAACGACUCGAAACUUAUGUAGGGCAUGAGCAUCAUGAUACAUUUUUUGAAAGUGCUGAACGAAGUCGAAUGGUUUAUGAUUUGUUAUUGCGUACAAAAUAUGGAGACGAGAAACGCCAGUCACGUGAUAAGUCAAACAAGAAUGAUCGGGAAAUGCUCUAUUGGUAUUGGUGUAAACAAUAUUUCAAGAAUCAACCACUCUUAUUAGUGAAAAAAUACUUCGGCGCGAAGAUUGCCAUGUAUUUUGCGUGGCUUGGCUUCUAUACGAUGAUUUUAUAUCCAGCCGCAAUUCUGGGUAUUCUUUGUACACUCUAUGGACUGUUCACUGUUAACCGUGACAUACCAAGCAACGACAUAUGUGCAAGUGACGGAAUUGGUGCAGAAGUGAUGAUGUGCCCAAAUUGUUAUCUGUUAUGUUCUUUUACAUCACUCAGCGCAAGUUGUUUUUAUACGAAGGUCACGUACGUAUUCGACAACUAUGGGACUGUAGUGUUCGCUGCAUUAAUGAGUAUAUUUUCGACGUUAUUUCUGGAACUUUGGAAGCGAUAUCAUGCAGACAUUUCAUGGAAAUGGGGACUUCUCGAUUUCGAAGUUGAUGAGUUGGUUGUGGUGAUUGCCAUCGUUUUUGGUGUGAUAAUAUAUCGAGCAAUUGUUUCAACAGUGAUGUAUAGAAAGGAUGACAUGAAGCGAUACGCGUCAUUUUUAGCAUUUUCAACGGCUGCUGUCAUAAAUCUGGCCGUCAUCUUAAUCCUCAGUCAAGUGUACACUUACAUUGCUAAAAAAUUAACUGAUUGGGAAUGUCAUCAAUACCAGUCCACGUACGACAAUAGCUAUACAUUAAAAGUUUACUUAUUUCAAUUCUUCAAUUAUUAUUCAUCCAUCUUCUAUAUUGCGUUCAUCAAGGGCAAUAUAUCAAAAGAACCAACUGGGGGUUUUUUGGGUAUGAAACCAGAAGAGUGUGAUGCGGCCGGGUGCAUGGUAGAGUUGGUCAUACAGUUGGCCAUCAUUAUGGUUGGAAAACAAUUGUGGAACUUCUUUUCUGAGACCUAUUCGACGAAAAUAAUGAACAAGAUUCGACAGUGGCAACUGUGGAUACCACAAACUAAAAAAAACAAGAUGGAACUGAAUCGAUUGGAGAAACGACUUAAGAUGCAGGAAUCGACCGAAGCGAAGAGUUGGGAGCAAGAUUAUGUAUUGACUCCUGUCACUGAACUGUUUCUUUUCGAUGAAUACCUUGAAAUGGUGAUUCAGUUUGGUUUCGUUUCCCUUUUUGUAUCUGCUUUUCCGCUGGCACCACUUUUUGCCCUGGUCAACAAUAUUUUCGAGAUUCGUACUGAUGCUCAAAAGUAUCUGGUCGAUACACAACGUCCAAAUCCACAACACGCCAAAGAUAUUGGCAUAUGGCUGACAAUCUUGAACACGAUAAGUCAAGUGGCUGUACUCAGCAACGCUUCUAUUAUCGCGUUCACAAGUGAUUUUAUACCGAAACUGGUCUAUCGCACCGUCUAUAAUCAUGAGAAUUUGUAUGGCUAUGUGAAUAAUUCGCUGUCAUAUUAUGAUGCUACAGCAAUUGAAUCUUCAACUCAUUUCGUAACAAACAUAACAGUGUGCCGGUAUCGUGAUUAUCGUUAUCCACCGUGCAGUGUCGUGCAUACAGAUGAUUGUGCGGCUAGCGAGUAUACUCGUACCGAACAGUGGUGGAUCGUUCUCACGUUUCGAUUGGUUUUUGUUUUGCUGUUCGUGAUUGUUAUAUCGGCCAUCAAAAUGUUCAUAGCAUCAAUAAUCCCGGACAUGCCAUCAAGAGUCUCGAAACAGUUACACAGACAACGCUCUGAAGUUCGUAAACAAUGUUUCACUUCAGCGAGAAGAGAUGUGUCAACAGAUUAUGAACGUAAGCCUCGAUCACGGUCACCUGAUCAUUAUGAACCCGAGAAAACCGCAGAAACGAAUCUUUCCGAUGAAAUAUCAUUUCAUUCGUGCAGCGAGAUCACCCCAUCGAACUCGGUCGUUGAACACACACUGCGCACAGAAGAAGUUGAUGCGAAACUGACCUUGCUAUUUAGUAGCACUUAA